UAACACAUUCAAACAUGUCUGUUCAGAACCUUUCUCCAAAUUAUUUAUGCUUCAUGUCACAGCAAGUUCUUCAGUCUAUUUAUUAUUUCUGUUUCCAGAGUGGAAGAGAAUUUGUGCGUAUAAAGUCUCUGUGACCCUGGAUGUGGAAACAACGCAACCCCGGCUCGAGGUGUCUGAGGAUCUGAAGAGUUUGAGAUGGACUGGGACCCGGAGGGAUCUCCCUGUCACCGGGAAGAGGUUUAUACACAGUGCCUGUACCUGUGUCCUAGGAUCAGAGGGAUUCACAUCGGGGAGACAUUACUGGGAGGUGGAGGUGGUGGGGAAUCGGCGCUGGAGUCUGGGAGUGGCCUCAGAGUCUGUGGAGAGGGAGGACUGGGUCAGUCUGAUCCCGGAGAAUGGAUUCUGGACCAUUGGGUGGGUUGAGAAUCAGUUUUAUAUAAAAUCCUCUCAAACCCGUCUCCCUGUCGGUCAGGACCCCAGGAAGGUGGGCGUUUAUCUCAGUUAUGAGCCUGGGACAGUUUCAUUUUACAACGCGGACACCAAGUCCCAUCUCCACACCUUCACUGGGAAUAAAUUCACUGGGAAACUUUAUCCUUUCUUCUGUAGUUGGGAUUUAAACCAGUUUCUGAGAAUCUGCUCCUGACCUCUCAAUGACCUGACACUGGGGUUAGA